AUGGCAAUAAGUUCAAAAACAGCAAAAACGCGCAUCUGCAUAAUCUCAGACACCCACACCCAAACCCCCCAUACAUCCUCCUCCAUACACAAACCAUACAGACAUCCCCUCCCCAAAUCCGACAUAUUCCUCCAUGCCGGCGACCUGACUACCAUCGGCCGUCAGGCCGAGCAUGAAGUGAUCGUAGACAUGCUGAAGCACGACGUGGAUGCAGAAAUCAAAAUCGUUAUUGCGGGAAACCACGACCUGACGCAUGACAGGAAGUUUUAUGCAGAGCGGGGGGUGAGGAGGCAUGGAUCUGGGCGGCUUGAAGAUGUGGAUGCGAUUAGAGCGUUGUAUACGGAUGAGUCCGCCAAAGAGGCGGGGAUAGUGUAUAUGGAAGAAGAGGUUCGAACAUUUACGCUGAAGAGCAACGGUGCUAAGUUUACUGUUUAUGCAUCGCCAUAUACGCCAGAGUUUUGCGGAUGGGCGUUUGCGUAUGAGAGGGACGAAGAUCGAUUUAACCCUAAUCCUGCGCCAAUAGCUUCGAGCGUCAAUGAGUUUGUGCCUGAUUUUCCGGGCGUGGAUAUCAUGCUUACGCAUGGCCCGCCGGCUGGUAUACUGGACAAGAUCUAUUGGGGAAAGAAUGUGGGAUGUGACAACCUCCUGAAAGCGUGUCGAAGGGCCAGGCCUCGGUUGCAUGUCUUUGGGCAUAUCCAUGAGGCGUAUGGUGCCGUAAGGCGUGACUGGCAUAGUGACAACAAUACUGAAAUUGAGGAGGAAGAUCUCGAGACAGUGAUGAAGAAUAGAUCUCGGCAUUAUGACAUGUCGAGCGAUGCGGAUGAGCCACUCAUAUUUGGCGAGGAGACGUUGUUUGUGAAUGCGAGUAUUGUGACGUUGGGAUAUAAGGCUGAUCAUGCGCCAUGGGUGGUUGAUUUGGAUUUGCCUGUUGCUUAA